CUCCGCCCCUGGCUCCGCCUCGCGUCUCUGGUCUCCUUCCCAGACCUCCGCUGGUCAAGCGGCUCGGAAUCAGAGGUGUCCUAGAGCCUCCCUGGUCUAACUCCAGACCCGGGGGAGCCUUGCGGCUAGCCGAGACUGUCCCGGUUGCCGAGCACCGGCCACCACCCCGCGGUCCCUCCCGCUUUCGGCCUGGGUCGGCUCCCGUGCCGUGCGCACCAGCGCCUGGUGCCCAGAGCAGCUCCGAGGUGGCCCCAGGGACAUCUCCGCGGGGAUCUGCGAGACGCAGCGGUCCAGAUGUGAGGAAAGGACUUCCAAACUCACCAAGAUGCUUUCAAACCGCACCUUCUCCGCCAUCAGUGUACUUAACCUGUGUCUUGUGGUGUAUGUGAGCCUACAGCUUGCUUCAUCAUCUCCAUUUGAGGAGUAUCCAGAUGAAUCCUGCACUCUAAACCUGGCAUUACGAAACUUCCGGCUAGUUUUAUCAUGGGAAUUAAAAAACAAAUCCAUCCCACCAACUCACUAUACCUUUUGGUACACAAUCAUGAGCAAACCGGAAGCUCCGAAGGUUUUGGAGAACUGUACAAACAUCACGGAAUCAUCUUGUGACGUGACCGAUGAGUGGGGUGACAUCAAUGAGAACUAUGUCCCCAUCAUUGUGAUUUACAGAAGAGACUCUCUGAAGAGCAAUUGUGGAGACUCCAUCUUAGCCACAGACUUUAGAGUUGAGCCACCAGAGUUCGAGGUUGUUGGCUUUACGGAUCACAUAAAUGUGAUAGUGAAAUUUCCACCUGUCACUCCGAAGAUAUACGGGGAGAGCAUAUGGAAAAUACUAGGUUAUACACCACUUGUCAUCAGAGAACAGGCGGGGAAAAGCAUUAAGAUGCACAAGCCCAAAAUGAAUAACGCCACUGGGAAUUUCACCUAUGUCCUCCGGGACUUACUUCCAAAGACAAACUACUGUGUAUCUGUUUAUUUUGAAGCUGAGAACUCCAAUAGAGAUCUGGAAGCCUCUCUAACUUCUCCCCUUAAAUGCACCCUCCUUCAGCCUGGCCAGGAAUCAGGAUCGCCAGACUUUGCCAAAGUAGGAAUAAUUAUUGGGUGUUUGAUAAUGGUGGUCUUCAUAAUCACCAUCAUGCUGAAACGGAUUGGUUAUAUAUGCUUAAAAAACAAUUUCCCCAAAGCCUUGAAUUUCCGUAACUUUUUAUCGUGGAUAUUCCCUGAACUGCCACCCUCAGAGGCAGUCGACAAGCUGGAGGUCAUUCCUACGAACAAAAAGAAGAAAGUGUGGAAUUACGAUUAUGGAGACGAAAGUGACAGCGACGAUGAAGUCCCCAAAGCAAGUGCCACCGGUUACACCAUGCACGGACUGAUGGGCAAGCCUCUGAGCCAGGCCUCUGACUCCUCAGCCGACCCCCAGGAGUCCCACCUGGAGGAAGACUCCACUGCUGAGGAAUCUGAUGACCCUGCAGCAGAGGCUGGGGCGGAGCCAGAACUCUGCAGGGAGGCUGCGGUGGGGCCAGGCUUCAGGCCUUCAGAAGACCCCAGUGGCCCCUACGAGAGGAGAGACAGUGUGCUCCAGGACUCCGUCCCCGGGGAUGACAGCAGCAGCUCCGUGAACGGGCCGGAGGACAAAGUUAUCUUCAACGUGAACUUAAACUCGGUGUUUCUGAGAGCUCUCCACGAUGACUCCGAAGAAGCCUCAGAGGUGCUAUCUCUUGCAGAAGACACGGUCUACCUAGACGAGGGUCCCCACAGGACAGAGUCAGGCCUCCUGAUGGCCGGUGGGGACGGGACACAACUGCCCCAUCCUGGCUUCUCUUCCCAGAGUCUGUGGACUGAGGACGAGUCAUCUGUAAAAACGGACACCUCGGACUCUGAUGCUGACGCAGGGGAUGGCUACAUUAUGAGAUGACUCCAGAAGCAAUUCGUUAGCUGGCGCUGAGCACCUCCAGGGUUCUCUUCACAGCCUGACUGCAUACCCGGUGGGGUGGCCUGCCGGUGUCAACUGGAGAGCCCUGGCGGAUCUUGCUGACCGCCUUCCCUCUGCAGAGUCCCAGUUUGGGGAAGCCAUAUUGUUUACAUGGGUCACGAGCAAGCGCUGCUCAUCCCCUUUCCACUAACGCACUCAAGGUGGGACCGUGUUAUGUUUCCCAGGGAACAGUGUUGAGCGGGGCUUCCAGGGGCAGCCACGUCGUCCUCUGGUUAUUUCUAGGAAAUGAUUAGAUUGAAGAAGAGAAAAGGAA